CGCCCACAACUAAUUAUUUUCCCGCUCGCGAAUUUCAAGCUCGGUCUCUACAUCCCACGUCAACAAGCCCUUCGAGUCACAGCACUUUGCGCCUCGACAACCACAGUCACCAUGUCUAACGCUGAGCUGGCCACUUCGUACGCGGCGCUGAUCCUCGCCGACGAGGGCGUCGAGAUCACCUCCGACAAGCUCCAGACCCUUAUCAAGGCUGCCAACGUCCUCGAGGUUGAGCCUAUCUGGGCUUCAUUAUUCGCCAAGGCUCUUGAGGGCAAGGAUGUGAAGGACCUUCUCUCCAACGUCGGCUCGGGUGGUGGCGCUGCCGCCCCUGCCGCUGGUGGCGCUGCCGCUGCCGCUGGCGGUGCUGCCGAGGAGGUCAAGGAGGAGGCCAAGGAGGAGGAGAAGGAGGAGUCGGACGACGACAUGGGAUUCGGUCUCUUCGACUAAACUGGCAUCGACUCGGGCAAGGCGUGGUUUUGACUCCUCGGAUUCCCUUUGUUCUUCCAAAACUUGCAUGGCUUUGCGGCGGUAUUUCGCACACACGACCACAGGGAUGGAGGCUAUGAUAUCGGGGGUCCGGGUUCAUCGGCGUAGCUUUACAUGGAAUCUGAAGAUGCGCUUUUGAGCAACUGCUACUGGGGUUCGGUUGGCGCGAGCCGACUGGUCCCGUGGGAUCGGUGACGACGGCCACACUAGGGACAACCUUCGGAGUCGCGGUUCCAGCAGGUUUGGUUGGACUUUAUUCUUCGGGAUACGCCAUACCGUAGUGGAAAGUCCAAAUUCGAGUAUUGAUGCAGUAAACAC